AUGGCUUCCGCCGCGCCAGCACUUUGCGUGCAGACCAACGGCGAUGACCAGCAUCUCGCCUCGGAGACGCGCCGCCUCGCAGACUUCUACCAGCAGCUGCUGCAGUUGCGAGAUGAGGUGCUUGCGGGCAAGCACCCGCGGCUCAAGCUCCCUGACCAUGCUCUAGAGAAACUGCGUCAGCAGCCUCACGCCCGGCCGCCGUCUGCUGCUCGCCCGCCAUCCAACGCCGCCCUCAACGGCGCCGCCCCGCAUGCCUAUCCGCACCCGUCGCAUAGCAGCAGCUCCUACAACCCUACCCCUUCUACAUCCUUUGCUCGGCCCCAGAGCUCUCAGCGUCCGCCAGCCUUGAAGCCGUCCUCGUCUGGGAUUGACCCUGUGCUUCUGACAAAGUCCGAUGAUCUUGUGCGCGCCGAGAUCCAGCUCAAGCGCCAGAGGAUCGAACGCACACUCAAGGAUCAGGUGGACCAGAAGCGAGUUCAAUCUCGCGACAGAGACGGCGGCGUUGAUGCUGAGCCGCUUGACGUAUCAGACGUGUUGACCAAAGCCCUGGCCAUUGCUCAACCGGUAUCUGGCUUACGUUCAGAGACUAACUCCCAUAGCCCGACCAGUGAUUCUUUCGAUGAGAACUCGUACUACUCAAGUCAGGCAAACAGCUGGACUUCUAGCGACCAUGAUAGUUCGGGAACCGCGAGUGCAGUGGACGUGGCAGGUGGUGUAUCAUCAAACCCCAAGGCCGCGGCAGCACCGCUGUCGCAUGGUAAUACCGAGGCAGACGCCCAAACUCUCUCUCAAAUGGAGAUGCGCGACGACAUGGAGUUGAUUGAGGAUGGAGACGAGUCGGACUACGAGCCGCCAGGCGCUGAAGCCUUCACUACCGCUCCUCCGCCGCCUACCCACGGCCCCGUUUCAAGUCAGAAUCAGCACAGCACCCAUGGUUCGCUUCCCUCCCCAAGAGUGCCCGUCAUCACGAACCAUAUUCAGACACCAGUGGCUCCCCAGCCAGCCCGCGUUUCACCGCUGACGUUUGCCAAAGUGCCUGGACUGGACGCGCCUCGAGGCUCCGCUGCCCAGCCACUCGCAGCGAGCACAAACUCUUCCCCAAGAAAUGGUCCCCGCGGCAAGGGCAAUGGGAACUCACCGCGCUCAGGCCGACAAAGUCCCGCGGCGCCUCGUCAGCAGAACAAUUCACGGAAACGUCGCAGGGAAGCCAAGGAGGCUGAGAAAGCCGAUAAGCAGAGGCGAGUGUCGAACAACAACAAGCGUGCUGCUGAUUCUCCGGAGCCCUACAUCAAGGAAGAACCUGUCUCUCCACCUCCGCUCGCCGGCCUGGCAGAACCCGCCCAAGAUGCCCGACGCAAGGCUACGCGCACUGUACAGGACGAUGUCGAGAUUGUGUCACCGAGGGAUGCUGCUCGUCCCGUCUAUUACAUGGAAUACGAACAGCCUGCACCAGCUCCUCGGUACGAGUUUGAGCCGGAGGUCGUUCGGGUUCCAUCGCGGAUGGCAUAUCGGCGGUCUGAGAGAGACGAUCAGGACUUGAGGAGGAUGGCUAGCAUCCAACAUGCACGACGGCCAUAUUCACCUUUGCAGCCGGCUCCGUAUGAAUCAGUGCGCGCUGUAUCACAUGCUUAUCUUGACGGCCAUGCCACACCGGUAUUCCGAGAAGGAUCUGUUCGGCCUGGAGCAACUCGAUACAUUCGCUCGGACAGGUCCCUUUCUCCGCCAUACGCUGUGGACCCUUACCAUAGGAUCCGAUCCCCUGCCAUUAUGGGUCCUCCGCCAGUUCCAAGACGUGUCGUCAUGGACCAAUACGGCAACAGAUACUACGCGGAACCAGCCAUGGUAGACAGGAGAGCGUCCGUUGCGCCAGCUCCCCGGCGAAUUGGCGAAGAGAUGCUCUAUGAGCGUGCACGGACUCGUGAACCCACCAUGCGUCCGGUUGCACGCGUGGAGGCUUACGAGGAAGACGAAGCAUCGCAAAGGAUGCUACCGCCGCAGCCGCGCAGAUACGUAGAGCAGCCGGAGCUUGAGAUAGUAGAGCCGCAUCGCCCGUACCGACAGCGGGAAUACUCAAUGCGUCCGGGGGAGCCCCUGAGAGAAGAUUUGGGACCGGCACAGGAACCUCUGGAAAGGCAUCCGCCGGCCCGCUACGAGGAGAUGCCGCCGCCUCCUCGAGGCGAGUAUCUCCCCCGGGCUUACAGCGUCCGGCCCGACGCUAUUCGACGGGAAGUCCCCGCCGAAUACAUGUCUCGGCAUGGCAGCGUCGCGCCGGGCGGUGGCUACGCUCGAAGGGUAGAAGCUCUGCCUCCUGGAUAUCGGGCUGUCAGUGUCGUGCAUGAGGGAGACGGUUUCGACGAGCGCCGUUACGCAUACGCUCCGCAACAUCCGGCGCGUCGGUAUGUGGAUGAACCGGAAAUCAUUGAGCGACCUAUGGAGGCGCAGGAAUACGGUGGGGAGGCACGCAAUAUUGCAUACAGGUAUUGA